CAUACGGACAGGACAAUAUACAGGAUUUUCUGUACUUGUUUUGUGUUCAAAUACAUUCAGAAUGUGUUUAGAGAGUGUGUUUUCAUAAAUGUAAGCACGUUCUAUGUGCUUCAAGUAUGUUGGGACUGGUAUAUAAAAAUAUAUAAAAAUGGUGUAGUAUAUGCUCUCGAUAAACAGCAUAUCUUAGCCACUGCUUGUGGAUCUGAUAAAUGAGGUUUCACUGUGUCCAAAUUGUUAAAUGGGGAGUUUACAGUUUUAAAACUGCUGACCAGAUUUGAAUGUUGUCUCGCCUUUCUGAUGUGCGAUUCAAACAUGACAAUCCAUACUAGCGUGUGGGUGCAAGUACAUAUCCGUGCUAACUAGUCACAGAGAACGCUGACCAGCUUCAAGAAAAGAGCAUCACGAACGAUACUAAGCUAGCAUUAGCAUUGUAAAUGAGCAGAUGUUAGCCAUGGCUGUUACAUUGAUAGCGUGGCUAUUUUUUUUGUAACACAGUGUUUACUAUACCGCUAAAUGUUGUUGGUUUAAAUUUAUAUAUUUUUCUGGGAAUGUAUAUUCAGUUAAAAUCAAAACAAGGUAACAUACAAACCUGUCGAGCAUAGGCGUUGCUAAUUCCGCGUCGUUCCUGAGGUGCCUUUCUCUGCUUUUUUUCUGUUGGUCUUCUAUGCCCCGUGGGGUGCAUAUGUGCAUACUUGUUUUUCUAGAUGUGGAUAUUCCAAUAUAGCGUAGUUUACUUAGCUCCUGAAGCCCAAGCUAAUCAAACGUGAAGCUGUAUCAUUGGAAUGUGGUGGUUUCUUAAAAAUCCCAGAUGUAGAAGAGGCUGAUUUUCUCACAGGUCAUUUUCUUGAUGUACUACCAUCAGGCCGGAUUGACCAAAAGGGAUGUUUUUUUUAAAAACUGGAAACUCUACCUUUUAGCAGCCUUUAGAAAGCGAGAGCCAGAGGUGGUUCUGUCCUUGCUGGACAAAAGGAGACGAAGGAGAGAAAGCUACUCCUGAGGCCACAACUUUGAUCCCAUAGAUGUGCUGCAGGAGACUGUGCAGUUGAAACCCAAGCCCAGUUACAUGUCAGACUUUGUGAACUAUUCUAAGCGUCAGUUGCUGACGCUGAGAUGAGUGGUGGGGUUUUCUGGGAGCACAUAUGCGCCUCCAUAGGGACUCCCGUUUCUAGACUUCCAAGAUCACCGUCUCACAUGUGGAAUCUGUGAACCCUGGGAAAUAAAACUUGCACCUCACUCCAUUGAUCAACGUGGGGGGCGGAUAUUCUUUGUUGUGUUGGUGAUCCUGAGGAGUAUGAUGGUAAAUGACUGGCUGACAUCAGUAUUUCGUGUGAAGGUGGAUCGCUAGGAGCUCUGGUGACCUUGGAGCCGCUUGCUGAGGACAGAGCAGAAUUCCUGAAGGGACACAUGGUUUGGAGUGACAAGGCCAUCUGCUGUAGCGCCAGCACUACAAGGAAGGUGGAGGGGGUUGGACAGAGGGGUGCUGAGAAUUCCUUUUGCUCGGGUGUGGAGGGAGUAGAUAUUCUGGGAUAUCACUGCUAGCCCUCCAGCUAGGAAACGUGUUUCUUUGGAGUUUUUCAGACGGAAAUCCGAGGAAGAACUUUGAAACGCUUCAUGCUCAGGAGCGAUUAUUGCAGAGUUAAAUGGAGAAGAUAUUUGCCUGGCCCUUGGGUUUACCACAAAGCCACUGGUGAUAAUGGUCUAGACUUCGUUGGAUCCAGUUUCCUUGCCGUCCCGCUGCAGCCCGAGUUGAGAGACCUGGAUGUGUUAGGCCUUCUGGCACCGAGCUCUCAGGGGAUCAUCUUCAGGGGAUCUUCAGUGUUCAGCAUGGCGGAGUUUUUCUUUCUUGCUGCCCCGUCGAAGUCCCGUGGCCUAAACAAAUGACUUUUUUUAUGAGGCACCUCAAUACAGAGAUGGGCCAGGACCAAACUAAGCAACAGAUAGAGAAAGGACUGAAACUGUACCAGUCCAAUCAGACUGACAAAGCUCUGCAGGUGUGGACAAAAGUGUUGGAGAAAACUUCGGACCCUGGAGGGAAGUUUCGGGUUUUGGGAUGCUUGAUCACGGCUCAUUCAGAAAUGGGAAAAUAUAAAGAUAUGCUCAAGUAUGCCUUGGAUCAAAUCGACACGGCCAGAGAAAUGGAGGACCCGGAUUACCUGACCGAGGGUUACCUGAACUUGGCGCGUAGCAACGAGAAGCUGUGCGACUUCCACAAAACGGUCUCGUAUUGUAAGACCUGCUUAAACAUGCAAGGCACCACGGUCAGCCUGCAGCUCAACGGGCAGGUAUGUCUCAGCAUGGGCAACGCUUUCCUGGGCCUCAGCCUCUUCCAGCAAGCUCUGGAGAGCUACGAGAAAGCCCUGCGCUACGCACACAACAAUGAUGACAAGAUGCUGGAGUGCAGAGUCUGCUGCAGUCUGGGAAACAUUUACGUCCAUCUGAAGGACUACGAGAAAGCCCUGUUCUUCCCCUGCAAAGCAGCUGAGCUCGUCAACGACUAUGGAAAAGGUUGGAGCCUCAAGUAUCGAGCCAUGAGUCAGUACCACAUGUCGGUGGCCUACAGGAAGCUGGAGCGCCUUCCGGACGCCAUGGAAUGCUGCGAGGAAUCAAUGAAAAUUGCUCUGCAGCAUGGUGACCGCCCUCUGCAGGCUCUUUGCUUGCUGAACUUUGCAGACAUACACCGCUAUAGGCGUGACUUUGAUAAAGCAUUCCCUCGUUACGAGUCGGCAUUGGGUAUCAUGACCGAGAUUGGGAAUCGACUUGGACAAGCCCACGUGCAGCUGGCAGUGGCAAAGUGUUGGCUUCUGCUGAAGGAAUAUGUGAAGGCCCUGGAUUCUUUAGAGCGAGCACAGGCCCUGGCAGAUGGAAUGGGAAACAAGCUGUGCACGCUGAAGGCCCAUUGCCUGAGGGAGGGCAUCUACAGGAGUCAGGGCAGACAGGCGGAGCUGCGUGAGCAGGUGGUGAAGUUCCUGCAGUGCGUGGAGGAGCUGGAGCUCUACUGCGGCAUGUGCGGCGAGUCCAUCGGGGACAGGGACCAAAAGCUGCAGGCCUUGCCCUGUUCCCACAUUUUCCACCUGAAGUGUCUGCAGACUAACGGGACAAAAGGUUGUCCCAAGUGUUUCAAGAAAUCCAUGAAACCAGGAUUCGUGUGAUUUAGCCACCAUGUUUGACCAAUCGAUCUCCAAACACGGUGCACCGAUGCCUCACAUGCUGCCAAUUGGCCUUGACAGAAGCGGUCAGCCUCGGGGAAGAGAUGACGAUCUUUGACGAGGUUGUAAUUCGUGGCUCUGUGCUGGGGCGGCUGCUGAGCGGAAGCAGGCCUCCCCAUUAUGAGGACUCUCUCAUCUUCUUGACUGACAUCAGUAUGGAAGUGAGUUAAGAGAACGGGGUAGGUAAAAAUGCUAUUUGCUACAUUUUAAUCCAGGCUGGAGUAUUUGGACUUUGGUUGCAAGGGUGAGAGGAAGUAGCAAAGCAUUUGGACCGUACACAGGACAUAUUUAUGAACUCAUGCUAGUCUAUGCAUCGGAAAUGUACAAUAAGGAUAAGAGGUUCUCUUGCUGUUCUUCACACUUGAUGCAUAUUAAGGUUUUAUUCAGCCACUUUUGUUUGCAUGAUAUUCUAUUCUUGUACAGACAGCAAUGUAAACAUUUUAAAUAAGGGGAGGUGUUUUUGAACUUAACAAGACUCUGAUGUCUUUCAAAAUAUGUAUACGCAGCUGUUUACUCCUUGACAUUAAGGAGCCGGAUCAACGCACAUGAAGUUCUUCAUAGAAAUUCCUUUUUCUGUCCAAAUCUCUGACACCAGUAGUGAGGGACAAAGAUGGCUGAACAAGGAAUCUGAUGGUUGCUUUCAUGUAUUUAUUUGAAUGUUUUUUUGUAAAUAGGCAUUAAUUAGUCAUUUGGAAAACGGGGAAGAAUGCUGAGUUUUUGUAGAAUUGAGAACUCUGCAUGUCAGACGUUGCAUGUUUGAUUGACUAAGAAUGCCAAACACACACACACACACACACGCGCGAUAAAAUCUAGCUGUGUAUUUAUGUGAGCACAUACAGUCCCUGUAAAUAUGACUGCAGUAUUUAGCAGAAACCAUUUGUUACAUUCAAUAUUAUAUUAUAUAAUAUAUAUUAUUAUUAUAUUAUAUAUAUUAUCUCUGUAAAGGCAGAAUAUUUCAUGCAGCUAUUUUAUCACUGAUGCUGCAUGAUCACAUUUCACAGUGAAAACUAAAAUGUCUCAUUAUUCGCGAGUAUGGAAGAUAAAACCAAAACGGAUGAGUUCUCUUCGGCACAACGGUGGAGGUUUUUUUGCUUUUUACAUUCCUCCACUGCUGACAUCGUAAGAAUGAACUACCUCUCAACUCUGACUUCUCUUAAUUAUGGUUCACAUAUGCAGAUGAAAAAAAAGAUGGGAUUUUGGUGUUCUACAGCUUGCAAGAAGAUGGGCGUUACUAGUCAGAGCCGACUUUUUCGUAAUAUCAAAAGAUCUUGGCAAACUUAAGGCUAUAAGGUGAACAUUAACAGUGUGAAGGUGACGCCUUUCUUGUCAUGGUACGUCUGCAGUUGUCCCCGUGAUCCACCAGCUUUGCUUUGUCUUUGCGACACAAAUGUGCUUGCGUACUGUACGUUAAGUUUUCUGCUUCUCCUGUUUGUUCUAUUUUCUUUUAAUGUCAAUGAAUGUACCCAGUUCGAUGUAUUGUAUCUUGUUUACAAAAUAAAAAGAGGAGGAAGGAAAAAUAAGAACAUUUUUGGCAGGACUAACAACACUUUAUUUCAGAAUUGUUACCCAUCCUUCUCAUUGUUUUUUGUUUUCCUCUGUGUCGCCAUAUCUUUGAGUUUAGAGUCCAGUUUCCUGUGUAGAUAAGCUUUCUUAUUGGGGUCCAUGGAUUUGUCUUUUGUGCCGCUGCCGGCGUACAGAACCCCCUCCUUGCUUAUUCUCAUUCGAGCGU